CUCCUGUUAGAAGUCUUUUUAUCCUGCCAGAAGCCAGACAGCUGACUCCAGGUUCUCCUGGUCAGCACCAUGGCCAAGACCCUUAGUGACCAUCUGCUGAACACUCUGGAGGAGCUUGUGCCCUAUGACUUUGAAAAAUUCAAGUUCAAGCUGCAGAACACCAGCCUGGAGAAGGAGCAUACCCGGAUUCCCCGGGGCCAUCUCCAGAUGGCCAGACCAGUGAGGCUGGCUACCUUGCUGAUCACCCACUAUGGGGAGGAGUAUGCUGUGAGGCUGACUCUGCAGGUCCUACGGUCCAUCAACCAGCGCCUCCUGGCAGAGGAACUCCACAGAGCCACUGGCCAGGAACUUGGGACACAAGAAAGUUGCAUUGACAUUUUGGCAACAUAUUCUGGGGAGAACAAGCCCAAGAGCCUGAAGGUACCAGAUGGCCCAGCAGGUGAUGAGCAUCGGCAAAGUGGCAAUGGGGCAGCCAGCCUGAUGUCCAGCCAGACUGAGGCAGUGAAGGGACCUCAGAAGAAGUCUCAGGGAAAACGGAGAGACCCAAAGGGCCCCGAGGGCCUGGACUUGCAGGGUAAGCUGUGGGCUAGGAGUGCAGCGCUGCCGACCAGGAGAAGCCCAGUGCCCACCCAGUCGCAGCCAGGGAACAAGGAGAAUGGGGUGAGCACCCAGCUCCGGAGGAAUGCCAGCUCAGCAGGAAGGCUCCAGGGGCUCUGCACUGGGGCCCUAGGGAGGAGAGAAUCCAAGAAAUCGGAAGUAUAUUUGCCUUCAGGAAAAAAGCGACCCAAAAGUCUUGAACUUUCCUCAGAAAAGGAAGGACCUCCAAAUCCAGAAACUCUUCUUACCUCUCUUGAGGAAAUGAGAAAUGGAAAUGCAGACUCAGCAGCCACCUCCAGAGUAGGGGCUGCUGUGACUCUAGAGAAUGGCUCCAGGAAUCCAGAAUAUUCCAUGGUCAUGGAGGAGGGUAUAUCCAGGAUCACACUUUCCAGGGCAUCUUUGGCUAGAGAAGAAAAAUCUACAGCAUCCUUUGAGGAAGAAGGAACUGGAUAUCCAGACACUCUGGGAAAGAUGACAGGUGGUCUGUUUCACAAGUCCUCAAAUCCAGAAGUACUUUCAUUUUCAGGGAGGCUACAGGAGGAGGCUGCAUGUUCCCUUGGCCACACCCAGGAAGGAGAUCAGCUUGGUGGUACCUGUGUGCAUGGUUCCUGCAGCGGUCCUGUUGCUUCUGGAGACUCUCAGGUCUCAGGCAACAGCUUGCCCAACUGCCCCCAGUGCCAGGCCUUCCUGGCAAGGAAGAGCUCUGGAGGUGUGAGUCCCCAGGCCCUGCUACAGUGCCAGCGCCACAUGAAACAGGAACUGCUGCUCUUCUGUGAGGACCAUGGGGAGCUCAUCUGCCUCAUCUGCAGGCUGAGUCAGGAGCACCAAGGGCACCGGGUACGCCCCAUUGAGGAGGCCGCCUUGGACUACAAGGAGCAAAUUCAGAAGCAGCUGGAGCAUCUGAAGGAGCUGAGGAAAUCUGGGGAGGAGCAGAGAUCACAGGGGCAUAUGAAGACGGCACGCUUCUUGAAACAAACUGAAACCCAGAAGCAGAGGGUGCAAUGCCAACUGGAGCAGCUGCAUCGGUUUCUCGAGCAGCAGGAACAGCUCUUUCUUACCUGGCUGGAGGAGCUGGGCCAAACUAUUGGCCAGGUGCAGGAGACCUAUGGCACCCGGGUGUCCCAGGACAUUGCCCUCUUUGAUGAGCUGAUUGGAAAGCUUGAGGCCAAGCAGAGACAGUCAGAAUGGGAGCUCAUGCAGGACAUCGGAGUCACCUUGCACAGAGCCAAGAUGGUGACUGUCCCUGAGCCAUGGGCCACUCCUCCAGAGGUGAAAGAAAAGAUCCAUCUGCUAUACCAGAAAUCAGAGUUUGUGGAGAAGAGUAUUAAGUACUUCUCAGAUACACUGCGGUCUGAAAUGGAAAUGUUCAAUGUUCAAGAACUGACUGGUGCUCAGGAACAUGCUGUUGAGGUGUUCCUGGAUCCAGCAACUGCCCAUCCAAACCUUGUCUUCUCUGAUGAUAUGAAGAGCGUGAGAUUGGGAGGCCAAUGGGACAGGCUGCCUGACAACCCAGAAAGAUUCGACAGCUGCAUCUUCACCCUGGGCUCUCCCAGAUUCUUCUCUGGUUGCCAUUACUGGGAAGUGGAGGUUGGAAACAAGACCGCAUGGGUCCUGGGAGUAUGCCACGCUUCCACAAGCAGGAAGGGGAGUGUGACUCUGACACCAGAGAAUGGCUACUGGGUGGUGAUGAUGAUGAAGCCAAAUGAAUACCAGGCAUCCACCAUUCCUCCAACUCACCUGCGAAUGAGUGAGCCCCCCAAACGUGUGGGGAUUUUCCUGGACUGGAAGACUGGACACAUUUCCUUUUAUAAUGUGACAGUCAGAUCCCACAUCUAUACAUUCACCAGCUUCUCUUCCUCUGGGCCCCUUCAGCCUAUCUUCAGCCCUGGAACACAUGAUGGGGGGAAGAACAUAGGUCCUCUGACCAUCUGUGCAGUGGAUGGCCAAGGACCUCACUGAAUGCCCAAAACUGUACCUCUACGCCAUCUCCUGGCCUUGCAUCUUGCAUUCAGGCACUCAGCAGUUACCAACUGAAUACCUACUGUGAGCCAGCUGCUGCUAUAGAGAAGGCAAUGAAUAAGAAAAUAGUCCCAGUGCCAAGAAAUUUACCAAAUCAUAGCAGAGGUAAGGUAGGUAUGAGCCUGAAAACGAUUUCUGAACAACAAUAAAAAAAGGUUUACCUGCGGCUAGCUGACCUAACUGACAAAGAGCCACUCCCAGCUCAUCCCCGCUCCCACCUCUAACACAUGUCCUCCUUCAUUGUCUUUUGGUCUCAGUGUCUGUAUCCAGUGUACUUUUCUUUUUUUUUUUUUUGGUACCGGGGAUCGAACUCAGAUCCUUGUGCUUGUGCAGCAGGUGGCGAAACCACUGAGCUAAAUCCCCGGCCCCUCCAGUGUAUUUUUCUAUCCAAUCAUGUAAACUAAAUGUAACUUCCUCAACCAAUGAACUGAUGUUAAAUGCCUUGCUUCUAUAUCCCCAUCCCUUUUCCCUUGACCCAUAUAAACCCUGUUCACUGCCAGCUCCGGGCUGAUCGCUUUGUGGAGAAAUCCCCGAUUGGUCCAUCAGGAUAAUAAAGCUGUACACUUGCCUCCAACCUGU